AUGUUCACACAAGAGUACGAACGACAUGGAAAAGAUCCCGAACAGAAUGUAGCAAUUUUGGAGUUUCUGGGAUCAGUCCCAUUUGUGGAACCGAAAUCGAGAAAAGGAGAGGUACACCGGACAAUCAUUACGUCGUACUACUGGUAUUUAAGUACGAUUGACUUCACCAGAGGGCAUAUUUUCGCCAAUUCUCCCGUUCAGGAAGACGAUUAUGGAUUGCCGAUUCAUCCAUCCGGCCAACUCUACCUAAGCCAAGGGAAACUUGUGCGAUUUUACAGUGGUGCUUUGGCCCUCGGUGUUGAAAAUGGAUUAAUAGGAGAUUUCAAGUUGUUCGAGCAGAUGUUCCAAUACAAGAUGUGA